GCUCUCACAUCAGGGCAUUCAAUUUCAAUCCAAAGCUUCUAGAGAAGCACGAUCUUCACAGGAGGAGGGAAGGAGAACAUCUGCGCGCCAUGGAAGCUUCGAGUAUCAGCUUAUCAAUCUUCGACGAUCCUUUCGCGCAGAAGACGAAUAACUGACUAAAUUCAUUCCAUUAUAUGCAGAAUUCGUGUUAGGUUUGAAACGCUUAAUCUUGUGCCCGCGGUUGUGUGAAAGCAUCCAACAACAAAUAGCUGUUGGCCUUUGCAAACGAGAGAGCCAGAUACAAGGUCAUAUUAUUGCCAUUGGCCAACCAAGAACAUUGGGGACAAUGGAUCUCUCCUCCUUUGAGCGCGACAUUGAUGAACUUAUUGAUGAGUUUGUUAUGGAAGGAUCAACAACUUUUGCUGCUAUGAAAAGGGUUUGGCUCUCCAAGAAAUUCUCCUACAUUUACGAGGCUAGACCUUCAACCAAUUUGGCCUUCUUUAUGCAGUCAUUAUACGCCCAUACGAUUGGUCAUGUGAUCAACACUACCUCGCUAUUACAUAGACUGGCUGGCCUGUAUUGCCUUUACUGCCUUUAUGAGACCCAACCCUUCAGGCCUCCUAUUAAAAUCUAUAUUUCAAUUGGAGAGCUGAAGAGACUGAAAGAGCUUGUUGUGGAGGCAAAAGAAAAAGAUAUAAAAGUAGUGCAUGUUUUGAUCAAAAGCAUGCUAAAAAGGAACAUAUUUCUAUUUGGAUCUGUGGAUGUAAAUGAAGGCUCUAUUAUGGAGACACUGAACCAGCUUACGGAGGUCCAGAAUGCCCGGAUUCAAGUUGCAUAUGAGAAGUUACUUACGAACACUAAGAUUGAGGACUUUCUUAACAUGGACUUGGGUAUGGAAGUUGAUCUGGGCAUACUAAAGAAAAUGUCAACAGAAUAUGCAAAUGUCAAGAAACUAGCUAUCAAAGAGGCAAGUGAGGUGGUGGAUGUCCAAAACAUACAGCAUAUAUCAGAUGAUAAGGAACUGAUAGGAGAUGUAGUAGAGAAAAUCUCUGAGGACUGGAAUGCAUCAAGACAAUUGUUCUAUGAACAAACUGGAGUCACUGGACAGAUGGUCCUGGAGGUACGACAACAAUCAGUGCCACAUGAAGAUCAAGAAGAUGAUGGCUUUGAUCGUGAACUGGAAUUGAUGCUAUCUCAAACUUAAAACCAGGAUACGAGAAUAUUGCAAUUUGGGUAGCAAAGCAUGAAUCAUCUAGCAAAAUAAUUAUCCAUGAUAUGCUACAGCGACGUGGAAGGAUACGAAUUUUCAAUUCAAGGGCCAUUUACUGUCGAGCAAAAUCAUCAUUCUGGAGGUGAAGCAGUUGAUGCGUUUUGCUGAUCCAACACUCUCAUUGUUUUCCUGGUCAAUACAGUAAGACCUUUCCAGAUUUGCUCAAAAUAUAAAAAUAAACCUGAUAGGCAUUUCGAGUGAAUAUUUUAUUAUCUCACAAUCUUUCCCGUUGAUAGAUGUGAUUGUGAAGUUUACAAAGGUAUUUAUCUUGAAAGGGAAUGUACAUUAUGCAGAAAAUGUCAUUGUGAACAGUGGAUAUGCCAGGAGCGUCUAAUAAAUUCUCAUAUUAUCAUCCAUUUUGCUAGAUGGAUUAGCGAA